UCUACUGUAUAACCCCUUAAUGAGCCCCACACGAGAGAUGACGCAGCUUUCGCAACAGAGAUAAUCAGAGACGAGGCUUAUCAGCAGCGGAGCAGGCGACAAAAUUUUCAAUCUGUGUAAAUUCGGAAUUUUCACGUACAAUAAAUAGCACACACACGGAACAUACAAUGUCCGAUCAGCCAGGACAUAACCCUCCAGGGGCCCCUGAGCAAAGAGGGGAAGAAAUUUUACAAGAACUGAACAAAAACAUGAGUAAAUUUGCGGACAUUGCACGAUCAGUGGGUGAAAUGAAAUCGACCAUUGAAAACCUUCAAAAAGACGUGAAAGAAAUUAAACGCAAAAACCAAGAAGAGGCGGGGCCGUCAAAAAAGUCACGAAUUUCGGACUCGGAUAUGUGCCAGUCGGGUCCGUCCAAACAGUUACAAGCACCUGCGGUUACAGUUGCCGAAAGUUCCGAUUCGGAAUCGGAACCAAUGGACGCAGAAAUAGACGAACUGCAGGGUUAUUUGGAUGAGGAAAGCUGUUCGGAUGAGGAGGAUUGCGAUCUUAUAACAGAGUUAACGCAAUUCUGUACUGAAACAACGGAAACUGGUGAGGCCGUAUCACCUAACAUCGCUGAGAUUACAAACAAGGCAAUAAAAAACAAGCAGUCAGAAGAAAAAAUCAAAGAGAUUCUGAACAGACAUAAACGGCCAGUCAACAUCGAGUUCCUUCAAGUCCCCAAGGUUGAUGAAUUUCUGUGGAGACAAUUAAAACAGUCUCCAAGACAUUCAGACUUUAUCCUGCAAAAGUCUCACAGCACGCUUGCACAAGUAGCGGUACCAAUCAUAAAGGCACUUGAGAGGAUUCAAACAUCCAAAGAUAAAGUACUGAAACAGCUGUUAUCGGACGCAUUCAAAUUGGCAACCAAUGGGAUACAGAAGACGACCAAUUACAGAAGAGAGAAACUAAAAAAGGAAUUGCAACCCCGCUAUAGACAUCUAGGAAAUUUGGACUCCUCAGCAGAAAAGCUGUUCGAAAAGAUUCCAGAGGCUAUUAAAACCACCGAAGGAGCCAAACAAAUCGUCAACAUGCGCUACGCUCCAACUCAACGGAAGCCUUUUUUUAGGCCAGCGCCCAAAUCAGCACAGGUGGAAUCCGGGAGCAAAUCAAUUCAGAAGAAACAACCACGCAUACCAGCACAAACGCAGGGGAAAUUUCAAGAUGCACCCCAAACAGAAAUAAACUUUAAUAUCAAAGGUGCUACAGAAAGUGGUGGAAGACAGGACAGAAGCCGUUCUAGUGGGCCCAAUUUGGCCAACACAGCCAUGGUGGCCCAGUCUAUUACAGUUGAUCAGCGGAUCAUGCCAUCUACUUCCACUUCCGAAAUCUAUUCUGACACUUCCACACAAACCAAACAAAAUGUAUCCACUUCCCAAAAUGAGACUAGGACUUUUUCGCUUAUCAGGAAAUCGCUCAAAAACAAAGGAAUUUCAAAACAAGCUAGAGACAUUAUCCUCGGAUCGUGGAGAGAAACUACAAAGAGACAAUAUGAUGGAUAUAUUAAGAAAUGGAUUAACUACUGUGGACAAUCGAAGAAUCCCAUUAAACCCAAUCUAAAGCAUGUUAUUAAUUUUCUGACAUCUUUAUUCAAACAAGGUCUUAGUUAUAGUGCGUUAAAUACAGCACGAAGCGCACUUAGUACAUUCUUAAAACUGUGUGGCAAUAUAAACAUUCAUGAUGAUGACAUUUUAUCAAGAUUUAUGAGAGGCUGUUUCAAUACACGACCAGCUUUCCCACGUUAUCAAUGCAUAUGGGAUGUUAAUAUUGUUCUUGAUUUUUUACAUUCACUGAAAACUGAUAACCUUGCAUUUUUAUCCCACAAAUUAUGCAUGCUUUUCUUACUAGUCACUGGACAGAGAUGUCAAACUCUACACUCCCUCAAAACUACUGAUAUUCAAAUCAGUGCAGACAAGCAAACAAUCGUCAUAUCACCUAAACAAUUGUUAAAACAUUCCAGACCAGGAACACAUUUGAGGUCCAUUGUUCUUCAUAGAUAUGAGGGGGGAAGGGACAUUUGUAUUGUGGAAACAAUGUGUAAAUACCUCGAUAUAACCGAAUCGUUAAGACAAGAUGAUUAUUUAGUCAUAAGUACAGUUAGUCCUUUCAAACAUGUUUCCAAAUCCACAAUUAGCAACUGGAUAAAGAAAGUCUUAACCUCAGCCGGUAUUGACAAACAGUACAAACCACAUAGCACUAGAUCAGCAGCAACUUCCAAAGCUAGCAAAGGAGGGGUUGCACUAGAUCAAAUUAUGGCAGCAGCCGGGUGGACAAAUGCAAAGACAUUUGCCAGAUUCUAUUCACGGGAAAUAGUACAUAACACCACUAAUUUUCAAUCUGCUGUGCUGAACAAAUGA